AUGCCCAAGUAUAAAAGUCAAAAUAUUUUUACAAAAUCAAAAAAAUUUUCAGUUAACAACUUUACGGAAACAUCAACAAAACGCAAAAAGCGUAAACUACUAAAGGCGGAUAAAGGGAAUCCUAAGAAAAAAAGACAUAAAAAAGAGGAUUUUAUAGAUGUAAAUGAUCUUGGUUGGUCUGAGGUUACAUACCCAGAAUCCGUAUUUCUAGACGGUGAUGAUGAUGUGGGUGGCUUUGUAUGUUUGGAAGAAAUCGAUGAUGUUGAUGUUGAAUAUGAAGAAACCACAACCAAAGGGAACACGAUUAGAUUUAAGGUGGAUAUUAUGAUGCAGUUCCCUUUACCUGCUUUACCUAAAGUUACAUUUAAUAAACCGACCACCAAAAAAAAUAAAAAUCCACCUGCUAAACCUCACGAACCAUUACCUAUAGAAGAGUUAUCAAACUAUCAGGAUUUGGACACAUUUGAUGAACAAUUAUUUUUAAAAAGUCAGCAACCAUGCCUUAACAUGGCGUCUACUUCUCAUUCAAAUGAAAACUUGGUAUCAGGGCAAGAUGAAGAUGAAGAUUCGAAUCUUCAAAUUGGAAAUGAAGAUAUUGAUAUCUCUGCCUGGAAAGGAUUUAACCUUUCUUCAACUAUAAUAAAUGGAUUAAAAGCCCUCAAGUUUGAAAGACCAACUCCAAUUCAAGAAAAGACUCUUCAUUCAGGUUUGAGCGGACGAGAUGUCAUUGGUAAGGCGGAAACGGGGUCUGGAAAAACACUUGCCUUUGGAAUUCCAAUCUUGGAGUAUAUAAUCAAACAAAAAAAGAAAAAUUUCGAAAAGCAAUUGGUUGCACUUAUCCUGACGCCAACAAGAGAAUUAGCUAUACAAAUUAAAAAUCAUCUUCAGAAUGUUGGAAAAUUCGCUACAAUUAAUAUAAUGACAGUCGUUGGUGGUAUGGCAAUUCAAAAGCAAAAACGAUUACUUGAAAAGAAUCCUAGCAUAAUUGUUGGUACUCCGGGACGAUUAUGGGAACUUCUUUCCGAGAAUGAUGAAUACCUAAAUUCACUUCGUAAUAUCCGAUUUUUGGUCCUGGAUGAAGCAGAUAGGAUGUUAGAAGCUGGACAUUUUAAAGAGUUGAAUUAUAUACUUUCGAAAUUAUCAAGGAAUAAACACGAACAGGAUGAUAAAAUAAUACGAGAUGGUGCAAAAGAUUUUUCCACGAGACAAACAUUUAUAUACUCAGCUACUUUGGACAAUAAUUUAAAAAGUGAUAUAAACCGGAAAAAAGCACUUGAUAAAACUUUGAAUUCACAGGGAACAAUUGCUGAGCUGAUGAAUAGAAUAGAAUUCAGAGAUUCUAAUCCAUUGUACGUGGAUAUUACCCCAAAAGGUUCUAUUGUAGAAACUUUGCAAGAAUCUAAAAUUGAUUGCUUAGUUAAAGAGAAGGAUUUAUACAUGUAUUAUUUCAUUACACGAUAUCCUGGUAGAACUCUUGUAUUUGUGAACAGUAUUGAUGCGAUUCGUCGAUUGAUUCCGAUAAUGAGAUUACUUAAUACAGAAGUUUUUGGCCUUCACGCUCAGAUGCAGCAAAGACAAAGAUUAAAAAAUUUGGAUCGGUUCAAGCAGAAUCCGAACGCAGUGAUGGUCGCUAGUGACGUGGCAGCCCGAGGACUGGACAUUCCGCUCGUUGAGCAUGUGAUACAUUAUCAAUUGCCACGUUCUGGAGAUAUAUAUAUUCAUCGGAGUGGCCGCACAGCUCGUGCGCGUAAUGAAGGUAUCAGUUUGAUGUUAUGCAGUCCAGAAGAGUCAUUGUUGUACCGAAAAAUUUGCCAAGAAUUGAAAAAAGCCAAUGGGAUAGCUAAUUUUCCAAUCGAUGGUGGAGUAAUCAAUUCCAUGAAACAACGUAUUGAUUUGGCAAGACAAAUAGAUCAAGAAGAACACAACCAUGAUGAUGAAUGGUUUAAGAAAGUUGCGGAAGAUCUAGAAUUGAAAGAAUUAUUAUCUCAACCAUUAGUUCCACGUGGUGUUUCUACUAAAUAUUUAACAAGCGGUAUUGUGCGUGAUUUAGCCGAUAGAUUGUUAGAUGGUUCGUCGUGUAAUUCCAAAAUAUUGGGAAUGCAAAAAUCAAAAGCAACUGAAGAUUUGAAAUCAAAGAAAAAUUAUAAGAAAGCAUCCUUAAAAAAAAUUUUUUAA